AUGGCUCCUGCAAGCGAACAGGAAAUGCAGAAGGAGUUGGAUAAGUUCAAGGGCAUGCAGGAAGGUCUGCAGAAAGACUACGAAGCGCGGAUGGGCCUCAUUGCUCAGCAGCAGGAGACCGAGCUAGUGAAGCAGGAGUUCGACUCCAUCGAGGAAGAUGCAGUCGUCUAUAAGCUGGUUGGCCCCGUGAUGGUCAAGCAGAAUGUCGACGAUGCCAAGGCCAAUGUCGCCAAGCGUUUGGAGUACAUCUCUGGGGAGCUGGACAGGUCGAACAAAAUCAUCGCCGAAAAGGAAAAGGAGUUGGGCGAUAAACAAAAGCAGAUGAUAAAGAUGCAGCAAGAGAUGCAGCCAUCGGCAUAA